UUGUUUAUGGUACCCUGUCCAUACUGUACCUUUGCGUAUGCUCGGUAGCGUACUGUUGACUCUUUCACGUCGUGCCUGACUGACUAAAUUGACAUUGAUUUCAUUUACCUUGUUCGUUCACUACAACCCCCCCCCCCCCCCCGCCCAUUCCCCCAUCCCUUACCUUUAUUCCACCCCUUAUCAAUCUUGCAAGCACUGCCGGUAUUCAGGUAGCGGAUUCGGGGCUUUCAAUGCUGACUUUGGCCACUUGGACGUAAAUAGAAACCCCGUGUGCUCGUUGGGUUUUACUUGCCGCUCUUUGUUUGGCGAAUCCUCGAAACCAAUAUUACUUCCUGCGGUGCCCUUCCAUUUCUCUUCUGAUACCGGCACCUUUUCCUUGGGGUUUACACCACGGGCACUUUGCGGUAUCAUAGCUUUUCCGCUUUGCUUAACUUUACCUUACGGCCUUGGUUUGGGUAGUUUACACAAUAGAGUAUUUGGCUCUGGGGCCGCGGUAACGGUACAUACUCACCCCGAUCCCCUCUUCCUUUCCUCUCCUUAAUCCACCCCCGGUGCCACCUUCCUUUGCUGCUUGUACAGUAUUUGGUCGGGGUCUUAUAAUCUUGUUUUUCUUUUUCCACUUCCCCCCUUCCUUUCCCACCUGCAUCCUUCUUUCCUCCUUCGAUUCGUCCUUCUAUUCCUCCACACGCGCAGAUCAAUCCAACCACACACAAGUCCAUAGAAUACACGCGCAGCACGUAUACCGGUAGACGCAGCUUCGCGUGCCCACAUGCAUACUUUAUCUUAUCCGUCCUGCAAACCAAUUAGCUACUUUCUCUUUCAUCAUCUUUUCUCCUUUACUCGAAACUCACGCUCCCCAUCGUGUUGAGGGACUAACGGGGGCCGCAGCGAGUGCUAGAGAUAAGCAUAAUCGAACCGAGUCUGGCGUUCUUUUAUAUAUAUACAUAUAUAUAUAUAUUUGCCUUUAUAUUACCGUCGCUGUUCGUUUUUAUUUGGGGAUAUUUUUUUCCAGGAUAUUUUUUCAUAUCGGGGUUCAUUUCGGUUCAAUUUUUAAAUUUUUUUUCUAUUUCUUGUUCGGUUGGGACAGUUCUGGAAGGCAUCGAAGGAAGGCGAGUCUUAGUUGUUCGGCACCAGAGGCCCUCAACCCGUUGAGCCGAGUGGGUUCCUGGUAAGUUCGAAGCCCAAUUUCGCCCCGUCGCUCCCACUCGGUUGGUGGGUUUCCAUAUAUACCACAGCCGUUUUCCCUUAGCCUCUUUUUCUUUUUUCUUUUUCUUUUCCCAUUUCUUUUUUUUUUUUUGUCCUGGCGAGGCACCACCCACGUCGUUACCGUUCUCUUUGCUGUCACCCUGUUCUGCUGUGGCUGUCGGAAGACGCUGUCAAGUCGACCCAGGUCAAGUCAGGAAAGCCAAGUCGAGUCAUCUGAGUCAAGCCUUAAGUCACUCAGUCACCCAGUCGGGUUGGGUCAAGGUAAAAAGCCAAAGUCGGUCAAGGGACACAGGGUGCUCGUCAGUGCUUGUACCAUUGCUACUUUGACCUGGCCUCUUUCCCUCACUGCUUUUUCCUCCCAUAUUGCCUAGCCUAUUACUACUGGCACUUGCGUGCCUUUCUCUCAUAUCGCCUCUCCCUCACUCUCUCCUUCACAUCCGCACACCCACUCUUCCUCCCUUCACCUUCCACUUCGUCUAUCCUCAUACACUGUUGCUUCACGGUAUAUCCUAUCCCGCUUCCCCUUGUUGUACCCACCCGCCGUCGUUUCCCGAGUGCAGCUUUCUCCAUCGACUGCUAUUUUUUAUUUUUUUUCUCUUCCUUCCUUUCUUCCCUUUCCACUACACCCCGGGUGACCGCCACAAUUCACUGGGCCGCCUGAUUCCCGUUCGCUAACGUUGGUGCUGGUAGUCGUCCUACAUACCACUCACGCAACCCCCCCCCUCCACCCACACACACACCACACACCAGACACUCCCAACCCAUCCAGCCCAGACCGCAGUGUUUGGCUGCAACCCUCCCUCAACCCAUUUCAUUCUUUUAUCAGCCUAUCGCCAUCCCGUCUGCUUCCGUCCUGGCCCUUCCGUCUCCCACGAGCCGUUCUUCAUUCCACCCUCUCUCCCUCAUCCUCAUCUCCUACAGUGGUCGUGUCCUCAACAUCAACUUCUGCCUCAGCCUUAACCUUCCGCAACCACUACAACACCGACGGCCACAGUAGCAACAACAACAACAACACCACCAUCAUCAACUCUCAUCAGGGUCUCAGAACACCAGCAGCCCCGGUCCGUAAUCGAGAUGAGCAUGGUGGAACUCGGCCGUUCCUACGAUCCUCAUCGACCCGGCCGAUACUCUCACAGUCAUCGGGGGUCACCACUUCUUCAACAUUUGGAUCAUUCUUCGGCGCACUCGACGCCCUCUCCACCAUUUCAAUAUGCCCAUUUACCCAUGAUCCCGCAGCAACAACAGCAGGCCCCACCACCGCCAGCCAGACCGACCCCGACAUCGUACCCAUCCCCUGCUUCUUUCCCGUCACCGUCCAUGUCUGCAUACCAGCCUCCUCCUGGGCUGCAACAGCAACAGCAACCAGGCUCUCGAGGCUCACCCUAUUCACCGCCCAUCCCGUUACCAUCGUUAAAUCUUCCACCGAUACGGCUGAAUCCUCCUGCCCAACUACCGCCACCACCACCUCCGCAGCAGCAACAGCAGCAGAUCGGUUCUCCUUUGAUGGGCUCACCAUUACCUCCACCCUCCCAGCCUCUUCAUGGAUACUAUCCACCACAUGCAUUAUCGCCGCCUUCUCACCGAGCCCACCCUAGCAAUAUCACGUCUUCCCCGAGAGAACCGUUGCGUUAUCCAUUGCCUUCGCGUGAGGAACGUAUCAUGUCUGGUGGGAGGCACAAGAAGGAGAUUAAACGAAGGACUAAGACUGGUUGUUUGACAUGCCGGAAAAGGAGAAUUAAGGUAAGUGCACUUGGGCCCUUCUCGUCCUGUCGCCCUUCUGGGCCUCGUUUCUUUUUCUUUUUUUUGCAUCGCUCGGAUAAACUGCGGGAUGAUUUCCGCUAUAGUGGGCCCAUUCGGAUCGAUAGUGAUAUAUCUGGAACGAAGAGUCGCUUACGAGAUUUAUUGUUGUGUAGUGUGACGAAGCACAUCCUACGUGUAAAAACUGUGCAAAGAGCAAGCGGGAUUGUCUGGGAUAUGAUCCCAUUUUCAAAGCACAGCCGGGGCCCGCGGCCAUACAGCCUGCUCCCUCUAUAGGAGGUUCUACUCCCCAAUCUACUGCUCCACUGUAUUCAUUCUCUUACCCGGUUUCAAAUCCGUUAGGUGGGCAGAGUUGUGCGCAGACGAAUUCCACGGCGGCUAGCUCCCCAACGUCAGAAGUCUAUGAAUAUCAGCCCGCGAUAGAUCCGGCUCUUGAGGCUCCUAUGAUGGGGAAUCCUCCGAUUUCAACCUCAAUGUUACCAGAGUCCCAGGGAACCUUCAGACCGGAAUUGAAGCGGUCUCUGGACAGGGCCAGUCCUUUUUCUUCUGGAUCUGAUACUACUACCAAUAGAGUCACCCCAAUACCUCGUUCAACAACCCCCAGACUGGGUAGGCUGCAGGAUAAUCCGGGUGGAAACCCUGCGAAAAGAAUCAAGAUUGAUGAUCUCUUGUCCGUUGUCUCAAGCUCGCAGCCUCUCACACCCCCGUCCAGCGAAACCACACUUUAUGCCACUCCCUCGGCUACGGUUGAGGACAUGAAGACUCUCUAUAAGUUGCGAUAUGCUCCGGCAUUGGACAAGUUUUUGGAAACGGGAUGGUUUAUGGGGCCAGGUUUGGCUAAGGUUCUCUCGGAUAAUCAUUUGGUGGAACUGAUGGCUGAGAUUUUCGAGAGGUUUCGGGUUCGGGGUGGUUCGUUCGUGGAGGAAGAGGAUCCCAGCAUUGGGAGGAAAGGAAAGAGUGCUGGUGUUUUAUGGGCAGGGGUGAAAAUGGUUUAUGGGACGGGAAUUCCCGCCGCUGACAACCGCCAGGAUGAGGACGAGGACGAUUUCCGGGAUGAGGAUGGCGCGGAAACCUUGCGCAGGAUCAAUAUUGUGGAAGCACUUGUUACAGGACAGCCCUUGGAGCCUGUCCCCGAGUCUCCAAGAGUCACAUCUGUGGACAAGACCACCGAGGAUAGCCCAACAACAUUGUUUUGGAGGGGUUUGGCCAGAGCUGUUGCAGCAAGAGGAGGGGAUGCCAAGCUCAAUGGACAGGUCGACAGCAUCCUUGCAGAUUGCAGGCAGUUUAUUGAAGGAAACGAGACCCGCAAGCUGCUUUUGAUGAUUGCGGAGGCACGGCACCUGGGAAGUAGUCGCCCUCAUGACACACAUGCGGAUCCGACGAUGGCAGGAGACUCUACACGUCUCUUAGCCUCUCUGAGGUCUUACAUCGAGGGUGUUGCGAAAGAGACAGCUGAGCCUGGGUCAUCCUUGAGCCGUCGGAUUGCUGGUCGUGCAGUGGGACAGUGGAAGGAGGCUAUCACGGAUACGCCUUUCUUGUUUUGAUGGGUGAACGGUGUUCGGUUUUGGUAUCACUUACGCGAAACACGAAAUUUUAUGAGUACGAAGCAGCUUAGAGAAAAAAGUUUCGGGUGGUUUUCAUUUUUUUUUUUGCGUUGGCAUUUGUCUUUUGUUGCUUUUUUCUCUUUUAUUCAUCAGCAUGGGAUAAAUGUUAGUUGGUCGGUUUGUAUUUCUUUUUUUUUUGCACAAUGGCCUCGCAUCUCAGUGGUUAUUCUGGGUUUAGUUUUGCCUGCUCACCAUUCGUUCUUGGUUUCCCGUGUCACCGGUUUUUUCACCACUGCUUACUAUUAUUAUCAUUAUUGUUAUUAUUAUUGUAACCUCGAAUUCCGGAGCUCGUUCCACGAGAUACAUGACAGCUUCGGUAUAUUGUUGAGCUGCAUCGGGGGAUUUCAGACCAAGUUAGUUUUGGCACAGAUUAUAGCCUUUUUUUUUCUUUUUUUUUCUUUUCUCUGUCCGGUUCUUUUCUUUUUUCCUCCAUUUCUAUUGUGGUGCUCGGGUAUAUUUGCUUUGCUCCCUUUGUGGUUCGUGAUUCCAAAAGACUUUCUUUCCGUUUUUUUCUCUCUCGAAGGCGUGUUUGGGUUUUUGCUUUUUUUUUCUCUUUAAAAAUUUCUACUUCCAUCCUCCAUCUAAACUCUUUCCUGCUUUCCAUUUAUUCAUUUCUUGUUACUACUUGCAUACUGUGUUUCUAACCCGAUUUUGUGUUUUUCAUUUUCACUUUUUUGUCAUCAUUUUUCAUUUGCCGUGGCAUGAUAUAGACUUGGGAGUUUUUUUUUACUCUACUUUACAACUGGAACGGUUUAUCGGGGGAACAGGGAAAAGUACGUGGAUGGACGGGGCGGAGAAGAUAGGGAAAGGGGGAAGACGAGAGGGAGGGAAAAGUAAAAUGCAACUAUCAUUACAGAAAUAUUAUGGUAUUUUUUUUCUUUCUUUUUUCUUUUUUCUUUUUUCGGCGUAUAUCAUUUCCAUUAGGUUUUGAUUGAUUAAUGUCGUGAACGAAAUUUCUCACCCUUAGAAUUACAUUUUUUCUUCUUCCAUUUCUCUUCCCUUUGCUUUUCUUUUCACCCUUUUGAGCCAUCGUAUCAUUACAGAGCCGCGGAUCGCGGGGGUGGUGCCCGCAGUGGGGGAGAGGGAGGGGAAGGCAGGGGUGUAUGAUAUGAUACCUUUACCACUAGG